CUCAAUUAGAUAGUCUGUAUUCCAAUUAUAAUAAUUUUCUUUCUCAUCCUAUUUCGUUGUUAAUUUCGUUGUCAUUCCGUGUUUUGUCUGGCCUCACCCUUUACGCUUUCUAAAAAGCUUCGAAUAAUCCAACUACAGCCCUUCUUUAGCAACACUAUUGCAAUGAGUUCCUUUUCUGAGACCAAUUGCCUAUCGUUACUGUAAAAACGCCAUAUCGUUUCGAUACUCUUUCAUCUACCGGCAUUCACGCCUUAUACAAUGCACUUUUCUUCAAUUAUCAGCGCAACUGCGCUUCUCUUCGCUCACUCUACUCUGGCCGACGUCCCACUCAUCACCAAUGCCACCGACUUUACAACACUUGCCGACACAGACAAAGGUUUUCCUAGCCAAACAUUCCGCUCUUCUGACAUCAUUGCUCCGGUCUUUCUUGUAAACAAAUGGGAGCAGGAUCAAGUCGACAAUGCAUCCUUCAUCUUCUUCGGAACAGUCUACGGGGAGAACAAAGCCGGCCCCAUGAUUUUCGAUGCCCGUGAUAUGAGUCUCGUAUAUGCCGAUCAGAAAUAUGAGAAUACGUAUACUUCAAACGUACAUGUUAUUAAUGGCACUCGUUAUUUUGCUUUUUGGGAGGGCGGCCAUACCCGUGGCCACGCCAAUGGAAACUGUCUCUUCUUCGAUGAAAACUACAAUCUCAAGUACAACGUCACUGCCCAAGGACUCAACGACGCCCGUGCCGAUAUGCAUGAACUCAGCGUCACCCAAAGCGGAACCAUCAUCUUCUCAACAUACUUUAAUAUCCCUUUCGACUGCCGCUCUGUGGGAGGUCCUGAAAAUGCGCUCCUCAUGGACAGCGGCUUCCAGGAAACUCAAGACGGCAACUAUCUCGUCUCCAGCCGCCACAUGUCCAUCCUCACCCUCAUCCACGGCAAGGACGGCCACCCAAUCUGGAUCCUCGGCGGCAGACAAAACCAAUUCACCGACCUCUCCAACGGCGCAGCCACAAACAUCAGCUGGCAGCACGACGCCCGCAUCAUUCCAUCAUACAACAUCACAGACGAGACUCACAUCACCCUCUUCGACAACCAUGGCGAAUACAGCGGUCCUUGUCAAGGGAAAUGCCAAACCCGUGCUCUCCGCAUCGCCGUCAACCAAGUCCUCCGCACUGCAAGGGUAGUCAGCGAAUUCUUCCAUCCGGAAAACAUCGACUCCGGCGCCAUGGGAGGCUAUCAAACUCUGGACAGUGGAAACAUCAUGACGGGAUGGGGAUACUACCCCGGCUUUGUCGAAUACACCAGCGACGGCACACCGGUUAUGGACUUCCAGAGAGGCGCAAUCGGCGGAGAGCCAUUGCCGGACAUGUUUGCCUACAGAGUCAAUAAAGGAGAUUGGAAAGGGAACCCUUCAUGGCCACCAAGUGUGGCCGCUGAUGCACCGAAUAACAGCACCCUCAAUGCCACCGUCUACGUUUCGUGGAAUGGUGCAACAGAAGUUGCCUCAUGGGCUAUAUUUGCUUCGAAUGAUCACAGCAGCAUCAACAGCCACACAAACCUCAUUGCCGAAUCUCCCCGCGAUGGCUUCGAAACCGCCAUCUCCCUAUCAAGCCAAAACACUACUCGUCGAUACGUCGGUGCAGCCGCUGUGUCAUCUUCCGGCGAUGUCCUCGGUUCAACCAUUGUCAUCGAUCUCCAAAACGGAGGCAAACCUGCCACUGUAGAAAGCGGUAUAAUCACCCUAAAGCCUCCGUCUCCAUCCCCGCCACCAUCAUCAACAUCGGGGAGUCGAAGCACAAGUACUAGCUCGGUAGGUGUCAUGGGCGGAUCGAUAUUUGGUGCUGCAGGCGUCUUUUAUGCAGGAGUAUAUUACUGGCGAAGGAGAGCAAGGGCACGACGUGGCCAUGGAGAAGAGGGUUACAGGAUGGUAAACUUGAGAGAUUAA